CAACCCACAUUAUCUGCAUAACAAUACUAUUAUCUUCAUUAUACACCAGCAAUUUCAGAACUUUCUUUCUACCACUUUCUGGGUGGCCGGUGUGCUUCCUUUGCAAAGCAAGGUGAAAAUUGGGGGUUUACGAUGAAUAUAGUUUGGCUCUUGGUGUUGAUGGUUUUCUAUAAUGGAUCUUCUUCUAGGGGACUUGGUACUAAUGUUACUGCAAGACCUGACACUGUGAACAUUGGUGCUAUUUUCCCUUUCGAUUCUGUCAUUGGCGAAAUUGCAAAACUUGCAAUAUCCAUUGCAGUUGAAGAUGUUAAUUCCGAUCCAAAACUCCUCAAUGGAACAAAAUUGAUACUUAAGAUUCAGAACAUCAAAUCUAGUGACUUUCUGGGAAUCGUUGAGCAAGCUUUGCUGUUCAUGGAGAAUGACAUGGUAGCCAUACUUGGCCCCCAAUUCUCAGCUACCGUUCGUGUGGUCUCACACAUUGCAAAUGAGUUACACGUCCCUUUAUUAUCAUUUGCAGCAACAGACCCCACACUGUCUCCAGUUCAGUUCCCUUUCUUGGUUCGGACAGCACGAAGUGAUCUCUUUCAGAUGACUGCAGUAGCAGACCUUGUUGCUUUCUAUGAGUGGAGAGAGGUCAUAGCAAUUUACAUAGAUGAUGAUUUUGGGAGAAAUGCCAUUGCUGCUUUAGGGGUUAAGCUAGGUGAGAAACGAUGCAAAGUUUCAUACAAAGUGCCUCUGAACCCCAAAGCAACAAAAGAUGAUAUUACCAAAGCACUGAUUCGCGCAUCUUCGAUGGAGUCUAGGAUUCUCAUCGUACAUAUUUAUACCAAUUGGGGUCUUCAAGUGUUUAGUGAAGCAAAAAACCUCAUGAUGAUGGGGAGUGGAUAUGUAUGGAUUGCUACUGAUUGGUUGCCUACCAUAUUAGACACAGAUCCUUCCCUACCAACAAAGGACAUUCAAGGGGUUCUUACAUUGCGCAUGUACACACCAGAAUCGGAACUCAAAACAAAAUUUAAAUCGAGGUGGAGCAAUUUGACAAGAGCGAGAAGAGUUAAUGUCUCUUAUUUCGGGCUAAAUACGUAUGGUCUAUAUGCCUAUGAUUCUGUAUGGCUUCUUGCUAAUGCCAUUGAUUCAUUUUUUGCUCGUGGGGAAAAUGUCUCAUUCUCCAAUGGCUCAAACUUAAGCGAUUUACAAGGAGGAAGGUUGAAUCUUGAUGCUUUGAAAAUUUUUAAUGGUGGCAGCCAGUUGCUCCAAAACAUUGUAGAGGUUGAUACAACUGGUGUAACUGGGCCAAUUAAGUUCAAUGCAGAUCGGGACUUGAUUAAUCCUGCAUUUGAAGUCAUCAAUGUGAUUGGCACAGGGACUAGGACUAUUGGUUAUUGGUCCAAUUCUUCUGGCCUAUCAGUUGACCCUCCAGAAAAGCCCCAAAAUAAGUUGCAGUAUAAUGGUUCCAGUACCAGUAUUCAGCAACUAUACAGCGUUAUCUGGCCUGGACAGACAACUCAGAAGCCUCGUGGGUGGGUUUUCCCUGACAAUGGAAAAAAGCUCAGAAUUGGAGUUCCACGUCGAGUUAGCUACCGCGAGUUUCUAAAUGUAAAAGGCACUGAUAUCACUGGUUAUUGCAUUGAGGUCUUCCAAGCUGCCUUUAACGAGUUACAAUAUGGAGGGGCAUAUAAGUUUGUCCCAUUUGGAGAUGGGAAAAAAAAUCAAGACCCCAUUGAAGUUCUGCGCAGUAUGCAAAAUGUUUUUUGGUUUUCCAUAUUCACGCAGGGGCUUGACGGUGUGGUAGGAGACAUUACCAUUACCACUAGCAGAACAAAGAUGGUGGAUUUUACACAGCCAUAUUUUGAGUCUGGACUUGUUGUAGUUGCUCCAAUAAGGAAAUUGAACUCUAGUGCUUGGGCUUUUCUGAGACCUUUUACCCCAAUGAUGUGGACUGUCACAGGUCUUUUCUUCCUAGCUGUGGGAGCAGUUAUUUGGAUUUUGGAGCGUAGAACAAACGAGGAUUUCCGGGGCCCUCCAAGAAAACAAUGUUUCACAAUUCUAUGGUUUAGCUUUUCAACUCUGUUCUCUUCCCAGAGAGAAGAAACUGGCAGCUAUCUUGGUCGCUUUGUGCUCAUCAUAUGGUUAUUUGUAGUUCUAAUAAUCAACUCAAGCUACAUUGCAAGCCUGACAUCAAUCCUCACAGUGGAGCAGCUUUCUUCCCCUAUUAAAGGGAUUGAAAGUCUAGUAACAGGCAAUGAUCCCAUUGGUUUCUCAAAUGGUUCCUUUGCUCAAAAGUACUUAACUGAUGAGCUAAACAUACAAAGUUCCAGACUUGUGCCCCUUAACUCACCAGAAGAAUUUGAGAAAGCCUUGCAAGAUGGUCCCAAUGCAGGUGGUGUUGCAGCUGUGAUUGAUGAGCGUGGAUACAUGGAGCUCUUCCUCUCCAACCGAUGUGGAUAUAGUAUUGUAGGUAAAGAAUUCACCAAAAUGGGGUGGGGUUUUGCAUUUCCAAAGGAUUCGCCACUAGCAACUGAAAUGUCAACCGCGAUAUUGAAACUAUCAGAGAGGGGGGAUCUCCAAAAGAUUCGUGACAUGUGGCUGAAAAGAAGUGCUUGCAGCACAGAAGGAACAAAGCAAGCAGUAGACCGCCUGCCACUGAAAAGCUUUUCGGGCCUCUUUCUGCUAAGCGGCAUAACUUGCUCUCUUGCUCUCAUUCUUCAUGUUAUUCGAAUCGUGCAUCAAUACUACAAGUAUUCAGAUUCCGACUGUGAGAGCUCACAGUCUAGACGUCUUCAAUCCUUUGUUUCAUUUGUAAACAAAAGGGAACAAGAAGUGAAAAGCCGAGCUAAGAGAAGGAGGACGGAGAAAGCAUCAAAUAAAUUAUUGCUUGAAGAUAGCUCCAUCAGUGGUUUGGAGGACCGAAGUGUUUAAUCAGUGUAUUUAAUUAGGAAUGCAACUUGUAUCAAGCUCAUGUAUGUGUAUAAUAUCAAAUAGCUCUACUA